AUGGGCUCUAUUGCUGAACUUUCUUCGACGCCAGCUCUCGCGGUAUGGAGCGCCGUCCCUCAGGCACCAGAAGAUGCCAUCUUCAAGCUGACAGCAUCCUACAAGGCCGACACUUACGACAAGAAGGUCAACCUCGGCGUUGGUGCAUACCGUGACAACAAUGGCAAGCCAUACGUCCUCCCUUCCGUCAAGAAAGCGCAGGCAGACUUGAUCGCAGACGAGACUGUUGAUCACGAAUACCUCAACAUCACCGGUCUUCCGGAGUUCACUAGCGCUGCUGCCAAGCUCAUCCUCGGCGCCGACUCGCCAGCUAUUGCCGAGAACCGCGUCGCUUCCGUUCAGACCAUCUCCGGUACCGGUGCCAACCACUUGGGCGCCGUCUUCCUCCAACGCUUCUACCAAUACCAGGCCUUCGGCGUCGACAGACAGAUCUACAUCUCAAAUCCUACAUGGGCCAACCACAAGGCCAUCUUCAACACAGUUGGCAUCAAGCCCGUCGACUACCCCUACUACGACGCCAAGACCAUUGCCCUCGACUUUGAAGGCUUCACCAGCACAUUGAAGCAGGCCAAAAACCAGAGUGUCUUCUUGCUGCACGCCUGCGCCCACAACCCUACUGGUGUUGACCCUACGCAGGAGCAGUGGAAGCAGAUUGCCGACAUCUUUGUUGAGAAGGCUCACUUUGCUUUCUUCGACUGCGCUUACCAGGGUUUCGCCUCCGGUGACCUUGAUCGCGAUGCUUGGGCUGUCCGUCACUUUGUUUCGCGCAAGAGCAUCCCAUUGCUCAUCUGCCAGAGUUUCGCCAAGAAUGCCGGUCUCUACGGUGAGCGUGUUGGUGCUCUCCACGUUGUCUCGGCAACGCCAGAGCAGAACGCCGCCGUCUUCUCGCAGCUUGCCGCCAUUCAGCGUUCCGAAAUCUCGAAUCCUCCUGCUUUCGGUGCCCGCGUCGUCAAGAUGAUCCUCACAGAUCCUUCACUCUUCGCCCAGUGGCAGAAGGAUGUUCAGGAGAUGGCUGGUCGUAUUAUCACCAUGCGUCAGAGCCUCUUUGAUCUCCUCACAAAGAAGUUCCAGACACCAGGCAACUGGAACCACAUUCUCAAGCAGAUCGGCAUGUUCACCUUCCUUGGUCUCAACACCAACCAGUGCAAGCGCAUGCUCGAGGAGGGUCACAUUUACCUUACUGCCAACUCGCGUAUCUCGAUGGCCGGUCUCACUACCAACAACGUCGAGUAUGUUGCCAGCUGGAUUGACAAGGUCGUUCGCGAGAACAAGUAG